CGUGAAGUAUCCCGUCUGUCUCUACUAGUGCAGGGAAGGGGUGCUGCUGGAGUGCUGGCCGAGCACGCUGCACUGUCACUGCUCACGCGAGGCGUGGAGUCGUCAGGUGACGGUGCGUGGCGUCAGCCAUCUUGUGUUGUUGCUGGGCUUGUGGACUCGCUUCGGGUGAGAAGCUGUGAGAGAGAUUUUCACUCUCUUUAUAAUAAACCGUAAGGAAACAGAAAAAGCAUUAUGACAGCUGAGACUCAGACCCUGAACUUUGGCCCUGAGUGGCUUCGAGCUUUGUCUAGUGGGGGUUCUGUUAUUUCCCCACCCCUUUCCCCGGCGUUGCCAAAGUACAAACUUGCAGACUAUCGGUAUGGCCGGGAAGAGAUGCUUGCACUUUAUAUAAAGGACAACAAGGUUCCUUCAGAUCUCCUGGACAAAGAGUUCUUGCCCAUUUUGAAAGAAGAGCCCCUACUACCUUUGGCACUUGUUCCGUUUACUGAAGAGGAGCAGGGUCCACAGAUUAACUACAGGAUAACAUUGGGAUAUAAGAGAAACUUCUCAAUGUCUGUUAACAGUACUGCUGUGCUUCGCCUCAUGGGGAGGGGCAGCGGUGGAGGAGGGGGAACAGUAGUAGGGGCACCAAGGGGCCGGAGUUCCUCCAGAGGUCGAGGCAGAGGAAGAGGAGAAGGUGGUUUCUACCAAAGAAGUUUUGAUGAAGUCGAGAGCGGCUUUGGUCGAGGAGUCCGUGAGAUGCAUCGGUCUCAGAGUUGGGAAGAAAGAGGAGAACGUCGGUUUGAAAAACCAGCAAGAAAAGAACCAGUUCGGCCUGUGGUUGAAGAGGGAGUCACAGCUGCUGCUGCUGCUGGGAGAAAGCAAGAAUUUAUCCGUUCAGAGACUGGGAGCUGGCGUAGCCUGCGGGAGGAGUUGAAUGGCGAGGAAGAGGAAGGUGGUGGUGUCUGGAGGACUGCAGCACCCAGAAGAGAUGGUGAGAGGUGGCGCUCUAAUAGUCCUGAUGGUGCUCGAGGGCCUGGGUGGCGAGAACAUCCAGAGCGCCGUAGGCGGUUCGAAUUUGACUUCAGAGAAAGAGAUGAUGAACGUGGCUAUCGUAGGACUCGUAGUGGCUCUGGUAGUGCAGAGGAUGAGCGUGACAGCUUGCCAGAAUGGUGCCUGGAGGAUGCAGAAGAUGAAACUGGCACCUUUGACUCCUCGGGGGCGUUCCUGCCUUCCAAGAAGGUGCAGAAGGAAUGCAUUCCUGAGGAGCAGGAGCAGGACUUCCGUCCUUCUGUGGGAGGGGAAGAACACUCAGAUUCUGAUGGUUGCAAUGUAGAAGAUUCUAAAGAGGCAGAUUUAAGACUGGCAGCUGAGCAAGCAAAUGAGAUGGCUAGAAAUGACCGCUUGGAAGAAAGACCAGUGUCCACAUCUCAAGAGGUGCACGCCCUUUCCCCAGCAAAGAGAACGGAGCCUCAUGUUGAUCCGCCUGUCCAGAAGGCGACUACUUCAACGGUUGUCAACAAUGACAAUGAGCAGGAAGUAAAACCUCGGACACCGCCAGCAGCGCCGACCUCACUGAGCCAUAAAGAAGAUUCUAAUUUACAUGGUCCCAGAGGUUCACUUGAGUCAACAGCUUCUUGUAUACCUCAAUCCCCAUCUCCUGUAUUUAGCCAAAGCACUGCUGCUCAACAAGUUAAAGAUCCUCAUCAAGGACUAGCCAUUCAUUCCUCGCCUCCUCUCCAGAUAAGCACCUCAUCAGGGCCUGCUUAUCCUUCAGGUUGUGCGGCUCCGGGAAUGGGCGCACUACACCCUGAUGAAGAGGACGGACUAGAACAUCUAGAACAGCAGGCACAACAGAUGGUGGCGUACCUGCAGGACGGGACGCUAGAUGAUGACAGGUUAACAGGGAAAGCACCAGAGCACAGAAUAAAAGGACCAUCUCUAGACAACCAGCAGAAGUGGUUCUACAAAGAUCCGCAGGGAGAAAUCCAGGGUCCUUUUAAUAAUCGAGAGAUGGCAGAAUGGUAUCAAGCUGGAUACUUUCCCAUGACAUUAUUGCUAAGGAGAGUUUGUGACGAUGCCUUUCAGACACUUGGUGAUCUAAUUAAAUUAUGGGGCAGAGUUCCAUUCAUCACCCCCGCGGCUCCUAGAAUAGGAGAUUUGGUGGGCCCUGAGCAUUUAGGCCGUCAUCAGGACAUAACGACCCUAUACCAGUUACAGCAACUGCACUACCAGCAGUUUCUUAUACAACAGCAAUAUGCCCAAGUCAUGGCUCAGCAACAGAAGGCAGCACUGUCCUCACAGCAGCAGCAACAGCUGGCUCUCCUUCUACAGCAGUUCCAGACUCUAAAGAUGAGGAUAUCUGAGCAGUCGGUUGUUCCUGCAGUACCCAGAGCGAUGUCUGUGCCAGAUAGCUCAUCACUGUGGGAGCAUCAGACAGCUGCCCCUCCAACUACUAUGUGGGAGGGAAGCAGCGUGUGGGACCUGCCUAUAGAACCAACUUCCCAGGGAGCAUCUAGAGAGCAACUGGAACAGCUUGAGAAGGUGAAAGCCGCUAAGAUUGAACAGGAGAGAAGAGAAGCAGAGUUGAGGGCAAAACAAGAAGAGGAAAAGCGACGGCAGCUUGAAGAGGAGGAACUGAAAAGGAAGGAAGAGCUAGAGUUAGCACGUCGCAAGCAGGAGGAAGCGUUGCGGCGACAGAGGGAACAAGAGCUGGCACUUAAGAGACAGGUUGAGGAAGAGGAGCGGAAACGAGAGGAAGAACGAAGGCUGCUGGAGGAAAGACGGCGGCAAGAAGAGGAGAGGAGACGACAAGAGGAGGAGAAGCAGAGACUUGAGGAGGAGAGGAAGCUUAUGGAAGAAGAAAGGAGGAGAAGGGAGGAGGAAAAGAAAAGAGAAGAGGAGGAAAGGAGAAAAAAGGAAGAGCUUCAAAGGAAACAGGAAGAGGCAGCUAGAUGGGCACGAGAAGAGGAGGAGGCUGCACAGCAGUUGUUGGAGGAAGCACAAAUACGGCAGGAGGAAGAGGAGCGCAAGAAGCAAGAGGAGGCUCAGAGGCUGAAAGAGCUUCAAAGACAGAGGCAGCAGCAACAGGAAGCACUUAGGCGCUUGCAGCAGCAACAGCAGCAGCAACAACUGGCGCAGAUGAAGUUACCAUCUUCAUCCACUUGGGGGCAGCAGGUGAAUUCGGGAGGAUCCUCUCAGUCAACAUUAUCUUUGGCUGAGAUACAGAAACUAGAAGAGGAGAGAGAGCGACAGAAGCAAGAAGAGCAGCGACGACAGCAGCAGGAGAUGAAGUCUGUGCAGCAGCAACAACAGCAAAAGAUGCCUGGCUGGGGCAAUGUGAGCAAAUCUACUGGCAGCAUGAAGUCUCUCCUGGAGAUCCAGCAGGAAGAAGCCAGGCAAAUGCAGAGUGUGCAGCCACAGGGAGGCCGUGGCCGACCAGCAAACAUCACGCUUCCGCCUGCACCUGCUGCUCCUCAGCAUCAUAACACUAACAAUCCCGUUAGCAGCUCUGGAAGUUCUGUGUGGGGGAGUCUGAAUAACAAUCUGAGCCCUCAGUGGUCGACUGACUCAAUAAGCAGUAUCUGGAGUAGCCCGGAAAACAAGGUGUCUAGUGGUGGAUUCUGGGAUGAUGCUGUGAAAGUGGUAGCACCACAAAACACCGUAAAUAAGAACAAGAGCAAUGCUAGCAAGCCAUCAGGGGUGAAUAGCCGGCAGAGUAAGAAAGUUGAACAAGAAGAAAAACUUGUGAAACUAUUCCAAGGAGCCACAAAGUGUUCCGACAGCUUCACCCAGUGGUGUGAGCAGACACUGCAUGCACUCAACACUGCCCACAGCCUGGAUGUGCCCACAUUUGUGUCCUUCCUGCGUGAAGUGGAGUCUGCCUACGAGGUCUACGAUUAUGUCCGUGCAUAUCUUGGGGACACUGCAGAAGCAAAGGAUUUCUCUAAGCAAUUUCUGGAGCGCCGGAAUAAGCAACAAACUCCUUUACCUAGACCGCAACAGCAGGAAACUGGAUGGGGUGUGUACCAGACAAGUCAAAAUAAUGCACAGCAGACAACACUAGAAACUGCACAAAGCGCUGGACGCAAGAAAAAGAAACAGAAGAUGGUUCGAGCAGAUCCAAGUCUUCUAGGUUUUUCCGUCAAUGCUUCCUCUGAGAGGUUGAACAUGGGGGAGAUAGAGACUUUGGAAGAUUACUGAUCCUUGUAGUGGGGUAGGGGUAACCUGUUCCCCAUCCCUACCUCAACUUCAAGCGAGAAGCAAAACGUGACAUCACCCCCCCAUUACACUCCCAGUGCCCUGCUGGGAUCUUCAAAUGGGACCCUCCCUCAAUGCUUCAAGAGAAGGACGAUUGGAGGACAUCCUCCCACCUCCACUAUCCUAGAUAUCCUGCUUUGUGGAGAGGGCACUCUGAGGGGGGUAGAUAAUUGAGUUAUGGGGAACGUUACCCAUCUUCAUUACAGUACUGUACGGUCUCGUUUCAGAGGCUUGCCCAGUCUGCUACUUCUUCCACCGUUAUUAGGUGGGGAGAGAGAGAGGAGGCUUUUGGGUUGGACUUUGCACCUCCCCCUCACUGCUUUUGGGGUUCAGCUCUAUGGAAUGUGUUAGGGCAGCAGGAAUAUAUAUGGAGAUUUUUUUUUUUUUAAGUGUGGACAGUGCGUAGCCUUCCAUUGCACUAGUGGUGAGGGCAUGCUACAAAGGUAAGACUGGUAUCACUCUCCUGUCUCAUAGCCACCCCCCACAUCUUAUAAUCACAUGUGCAAUUUGCAAGUUACAUUUUUUUUAAUUAAUGGUUUGCAGUGGGAGCAGUAUUUACAGUUAGUCUUGUGACAUGUGCAGCUGACUAUAUACCUUUUGCUGCAAAAUAUAUACAGACACAAUUUGGUGCUGUUAGAUUAUUGCAGAUCUGCUCCUCCUGCAUUAUAUCCACUUAGAAGUGCAGACAAGGUAUGGAUAGGAGGCAACACACUUAUGUUUACACAGCUCCCGGACCACUGUAAAGUUUUGCCCCAGUGUGCAGUGAUUUGGGGGGAUGCCAGGCCUGACCUCAAUAAAGCACUGGUUGUAUUAUAACACAUUUCUGAUUUGGAUGCCUUAUUGCUUUGUGAAUGUCAGGGUGGUGCAACUAAGCCUCAUGCCAACUUACAGGUCUGUCACUGUCUUCCUCCAGCCUACGGACAAUCAUUCCCCCUGCAUCUGCCAUCACAAGAAGUGACCUCUUGGCUUCCAGUGAAUUGCAGCUAUUCCGUGGGCUACUGGGCAGAACAGAGUCACUCUGCUCCCCUGCUAAUGCUUAACGGAAUUAUAUGGGUUCUCAGACAAAUCAGACCGUGAAGACUACUAGCCUCCUGCCAUGAUCCAGGGGAGGUGAGAAGGUGCAGCUCAGGAGUGUGCAAAUUAAAUUAUAACAGGAAUUAGCAUUAUAUUAUUGGGUCAUUACAUGAACAAAAGGUCCCAGAGACACAAUUGUAUUAAAGUCUAAUUUAUUUUACAACA